AUGCUAUUAUGGUCGGAGGACGAUGAUUCGGACAUCAUGAAAAGACACCAACCUUGGGCGGCGAUUCCAAUUUAUGAGCAUGGAGCUUGUGAUUACUUUGACUGGUUUGAUCCUCCAAUGUGUCGUAGGUCUAAAAUCAUAAUUCUAGGCCUCUUGAGGAAGAUGAAUGAAAGGCAAACUGAGAUUGAGAAGCUGAAACUGAAAAAUGAACAUUUGGUGGAGUUGAACAAAAAGUUGAAGAAGAUAGUCUUCAUUUUGGUUCUUUUACUGAUGUUGGUUAUUUUAUCCAAUUUCAAAGUUGCUAAGAGCCCAAAUGGAAUGAACCAAGUGAAGAUGCUUCAAUGA